AUGAGAUGUCCUGGCGUCUCUUUCGCGGAGGCAACGUCAGGGGCGCCCUCCGCCGUCCCGGCUGCGUUGGCUGCUCCUGCUCCUGCCGCAUCCGGGGCCAUGCCGACACCUGCGGCUCCUGCGCCUCCACCACAGCUGCUAGUGGCGGACCCAGGUACUGCCUCUCCCGAGACGUUGGCCGGACCGCGCCCCGCCAACCGCCGGCACGGGGGUCGCCACCCCAUGGAUGCCCAGCGCUCAGCACCAUCUGUCGAGCAGCCCCAGGUGGACUCUCACAGCGAAGCAGCCACGCCUUCCGCUUCCAGCGAUGGGGCUGCGCCGGCUGCCUCCACCGCUGACCUGGCCAACCUCGUCGCACAGCUCACUGCCCUGGUGACCAGUGCUACGAAGUUGAUUGAAGUCCUAUCGCAGCAACUCACCGCUGCUGUGCCGAUGGCCUCUCCGGCCCCGACCACUGUCAACACUCACCAGUUGCACCAUGGGCAGUGUUAG